UGAAAAUGGAUACAGUUAUUGUUCACAGACACAAAAUAUCGCAAAUGUGAGUAGAUAUAGAGACAUGAUGUAAGUAAUUCAAAGUAGCCUAAUCUCUUCUUAAAAGUAAUAUCAUGUUUAUUACAACGGUUCUGCUGUCAAGGGAGUGUGCCAAUAUAUGCUUACUAACACAUUUGGUUGAACAACGUGCAUCGGGAUUUUGUCGGGGCCACAGAUUAUACAUUUGUUUAGAAAUACAUUUUGAUAGAUGCAUAAAAUAUUAUAUCAAUCAGUAAUUUUUUUCAAUAAAAAAAACGUUUAUUCUAUUAAAAAAAUUAUAUUUUACAUGUGCGCAAAGGCAAGCUCUAAUUGUAAUGCGCAAUUUGGCCCUUGUUAUCCGAUGAAAAUAACUCGCUUGCCAUGCUUUUAUUUACCUGCUCAUUUCGACUGUUGUACUUUGUACCCCUGAGCACUUUAUCUUUCAGGUUCGGGUCGGCUCAGUUAAUGUUGUGUGUUUCUUUUCCAGUGAAAUGAUGUGGCAGAUGAACUUUGACUGCGACUGGCUGGGUGGAAGCGCUUUGAACAGAUGUGAACUGUAAGUUUGAACUUUACAAAUGUAUUUGGUCUUUCUUUGUUUAGAAAAGUAUGAAUAGAACGUUAAAUGCGCUGUCAAGGAAAUACAAAGUAUGUGUGCAUGUAUUGGUAGGUAGCUAUAGCCUUGUUGGUUUAUGUUGCAGAAAUCUAGAUUGACAGUUCUCUCUCGAAAAUAGGUUCUCAAUCUCAAUUUCAAGAGUUCUCCCGUUUAGACAAAGGACAAAUGCCAUUCACAGGCUUUUAUUUUAUUAUUUGUAGGCUACAAAUGAUAUUGACCAAAUGUGAACAUGUUUCUAUUUUAUGGUCUCAAUUAGCCUAACCAUGUAGCAGUAGUAUUCUGCCAGCAGCACAAAUGAUGACGUCACCUGGUAUGGUAAUGAGGAAACCUUCAAAAUAAAAGCCUGCAUUUCAAAACAAUGCAAUGUAUUGUUUAGAAUUUUAAUCAAUGGCCAAUUUUAUUGUGCCAACAAGAAAAUGCAAUAAGUAAUUUAUGAAAACAAAUAACAAACAUGGUUUUAAAAAUAUUUUUACCAUUCAUGAAAAAAGUACUAUGUUGACACAGGUAUGUUGAGAAUAUUGGGCUGUAGAGAGAACAAUUCUACCUCUCUCAGCUAACGUGGGGUGGCAAAUACGCAAUAGGGUCUCUACUAACCAAAUAUGUCGUUUUGGAGGGGGACUGUAUCAUACAUAUCCAACAGCACUUUGUUCUCCACCCCCUUCAUAGGCCCCAAUGCAAUACAAGCCAAUACAAUGUAAUAGACUGUACAUGGGAUACAUAUUGGCUUGUAGAGAGAUCAAAUCAAAUGUAUUUGUCACAUGCGCCAAAUACAACAGGUGUAGACCAUACAGUGAAAUGCUUACUUACAAGCCCUUAACCAACAAUGCAGUUUUAAGUAAAAAAUAAGUGUUAAGUAAAAAAUAGAUACAAAUAACGUGAAAAACACACACAAUAGCACAAUUGGUUAGGAGCCCGUAAAACGGCAGCCAUCUCCUCCGGCGCCAUUCAUACGUUUUCUACCUGUCUCAGCUAAAAUGGGAUGGGAAAUACUCAGUAGGGUCUCUACUAACCAAUGAUGUGUAGUUUUGGAGGGGCUGUGUCAUACAUAUCCAGCAACACAGCUUUAAAUGAUCUGGUGCUAUCCAUGGUCCUGACAUCAAUACAGACAACAACAAAAAACACACACAAAAAAACUACACUUUUUUUUUAUCAAAAUGAAAAUCUAUUUUAUUUACCUGUUAAAUGUCAUUAAUAUUUACCUGGGCUAUUAGGAAACAGUAUAAUCACUCUUUCUAAACAGCAAUGGAGAAAUGUAUUUACAAGUUGUAGGCCAAUAUGUGCUGCUUAUCUAUUAAGGUUAUUAGGCCUAUUAAAUAAUAAAUUAUAACAGAGACAAGAUUAUUUACAAGCUAUAUUGUAAUGAUUAUCGAUCAAGGUCAGCAAAGGCACUUUUUGUAGAGUUUAAAAUGCAUUACAAGGGACAACAAGGAUACAAGGCUAACAGUACACAGUAUAAUCAAGCUUUCAGAACAACAAUGGAGAACAUUAUUUACAAGUUAUAUGCCUCUAUGUGUUGCAUCUCUAUCAAGGUUAGCAGUAUACAGUAAAGGCCUAUUAACCAAGUUUUCAAAACCAAUAACAGAGACAAGAUUGCACGAUAAUACAUAAUACAGAGACAUGAUGAUUAUCUGUCAAGGUCAGCAAAGGCAUUUUCUGUAGAGUUUAAAAUGUAUUACGUAGUAAUUUUCUCACUGAUAAGUCAAAUAAAACAUACUCUCGCAUGCCAUUGUGACAAAGCGUAUUCACAUCGCCCUCUAAUAAGACUGCUUAUGAGAAUAAGCACACAUAAACACCACAACUACUACCAUCUGACUGUUUUCUAAAAUAGGGACACCGAUGAGAAAAUUCAUUGUUUAGUGUCACAUCUACCACAACACCAUGCAUUGCCAGAUACUGUAAAGCCAGGUAUUUCUGAAGUGGAAGUAGUGUAUCCUUUAAUUCUCUUUCAUACUGGCUUAAGGAAUCCAUCAUUUUAAGAUAUAAUGUAGUGCAAUUACUGCUACUAACUACACUGAGUGUACAAAACAUUAGGAACACGUGCUCUUUCCAUGACAUAGAUUGACCAGGUGAAUCUAGGUGAAAGCUAUGAUCACUUAUUGGUGUCACCUGUGCCAUUCAGAGGCGGAAUGGGGCAAGACACAUUUUUUAAAAUGCCUUUGAGCGGGGUAUGGUAGUAGGUGCCAAGUGCACCGGUUUGAGUGUGUCAAGAACUGCAACACUGCUGGGUUUUUCACGCUCAACAGUUUGCCAUGUGUAUCAAGAAUGGUCCACCACCCAAAGGACAUCCAACCAUUGUACCCCUCACGUAUUUGGUCAUUGAACCACUUGUGGUCAUUGCUUAACCUUUUACUACAGUGGGCUAAAUCAGGGUCACACAGAGUGUUUCUUGGUAGUCUUAAACAAAUCUCCUUUGAAACAAAAGUAUACACCUCACACACAUGGUUAUGGGCUUAAAAAAAGAAGACACCUGUACCAUGUCAGAUAUAGAGUUGAAAUGUAUUACAUUUUGAGUCUGCAUUCCAAUAUUGCACUUUAUAUACAUCACAGAAGACUGAAAAAUAUAAAAACCAUUUGACAUAGAAACACCGGAUUUUCGUUUAUUUUAUUUUAAAUAAUGUUAUUAAUUAUUAAAUUAUGAAAAUUAUUAAUAACAUUCCACCCAUGAGGCCACUAGGUCAUUUGACUGCAGGAAAGGGCUACUAUGUUACAAUCCUCUAGUAAGUGGAGAUGGAAUAGUUUUGGUUGUCUUUGGAAUCUUCAGUUUAGACCCAGAUUAGUCAUUCUUUGUGCAUUUGUCAGAGCACAGAUUACUUUUGUCUUUCUGAAGACAAUGUAGAACUUUUCCCACUGUGUUUCUUUUCAUAUGAUACCGGAUUGAACACAGCUUUCUUCAGGAAUUCUUGGACCUUCUCUAAGGUAAAGCCAACAGUUGAUUUUGAUACAUGAGUGCAGUCAAUAUACCAGAGCUUGCCAUGUAGUGUGUACGAUUUCACAAAUGGGCCAACUAAUAAUCACUUGUAUUUUCUCACAAAUGACAAUUGCGACCAAAGUGGGUUUAAGAAAAUUGUUAAAAGGCUAUGCAUAAUUGGGUUGAUAUACACUACCAGUCAAAAGUUUGGACACACCUACUCAUUCAAGGGUUUUUCUUAAUUUUUACUAUUUUUUACAUUGUAGAAUAAUAGUUAAGACAUCAAAACUAUGAAAUAACACAUAUGGAAUCAUGUAGUAACCAAAAAAGUGUUAAACAAAUCAAAAUAUAUUUUAUACUUCAAAUAGCCACCCUUUGCCUUGAUGACAGCUUUGCACACUCUUGGCAUUCUCUCAAUCUGCUUCACCUGGAAUGCUUUUCCAACAGUCUUGAAGGAGUUCCCACAUAUGCUGAGCACUUGUUGGCUGCUUUUCCUUCACUCUGUUGUCCGACUAAUCCCAAACUAUCUCAAUUGGGUUGAGGUCGGGGGAUUGUGGAGGCCAGGUCAUCUGAUGCAGCACUCCGUCACUCUCCUUCUUGGUAAAAUAGCCCUUACACAGCCUGGAGGUGUGUUGGGUCAUUGUCCUGUUGAAAAACAAAUGAUAGUCCCACUAAGCCCAAGCCAGAUGGGAUGGUGUAUCGCUACAGAAUGCUGUGGUAGCCAUGCUGGUUAAGUGUGCCUUGAAUUCUAAAUAAAUCACAGACAGUGUCACCAGCAAAGCACCCCCACACCAUAACACCUCCUCCUCCAUGCUUUACGGUGGGAACUACACAUGCGGAUCAAAAUAUAUUUUAUAUUUCAGAUUCUUCAAAUAGCCACCCUUUGCCUUCUUGACAGCUUUGCACACUCUUGGCAUUAUCUCAGCCAGCUUCAUGAGGUAGUCACCUGGAAUGCAUUUCAUUUAACAGGUGUGCCUUCUUAAAAGUUAAUUUGUGGAAUUUCUUUCCUUCUUAAUGCGUUUGAGCCAAUCAGGUGUGUUGUAACAAGGUAGGGGGGGGUAUACAGAAGAUAGCACUAUUUGGUAAAACACCAAGUCCAUAUUAUGGCAAGAACAGCUCAAAUAAGCAAAGAGAAAUGACAGUCCAUCAUAAUGGAAAAUGUCAAGAACUUUGAAAGUGCAGUCGCAUAAAACAUCAAGCGCCACAGGAAUGGAAGACCCAGAGUUACCUCUGCUGCACAGGAUAAGUUCAUUAGUUACCAGUCUCAGAAAUUGCAGCCCAAAUAAAUGCAUCACAGUCACAGACACAUCUCAACAUCAACUGUUCAGAGGGGACUGUGUGAAUCUGGCCUUCAUGGUUGAAUUGCUGCAAAGAAACCACUACUAAAGGACACCAAUAAUAAGAAGAGACCUGCUUGGGCCAAGAAACAUGACCAAUGGACAGUAGACCGGUGGAAAUUUGUCCUUUGGUCUGGAGUCCAAAUGUAAUAUUUUUGGUUCCAACCGCCGUGUCUUUGUGAGACGCGGUGUGGGUGAACGGAUUAUCUCUGCAUGUGUAGUUCCCACCAUAAAGCAUGGAGGAGGAGGUGUUAUGGUGUGGGGGUGCUUUGCUGGUGACACUGUCUGUGAUUUAUUUAGAAUUCAAGGCACACUUAACCAGCAUGGCUACCACAGCAUUCUGCAGCGAUUCACCAUCCCAUCUACCUCCAGGCUGUGUAAGGGCUAUUUUACCAAGAAGGAGAGUGACGGAGUGCUGCAUCAGAUGACCUGGCCUCCACAAUCCCCCGAACUCAACCCAAUUGAGAUAGUUUGGGAUGAGUCGGACAACAGAGUGAAGGUCCUGUACUGUGCCUUUCUAGACAUUUACAUUUACAUUUUAGUCAUUUAGCAGACGCUCUUAUCCAGAGCGACUUACAGUUAGUGAAUACAUAUUUUUUUUAUACUGGCCCCCCGUGGGAAUCGAACCCACAACCCUGGCGUUGCAAACCUUACAAUCUGCCGAGAGUAGACCCACAAGUUAUCCAAAUGGACUUAAUGGAAUGAAACAUUCAAAUAACAGGGCUUUUGCACUAUUAUUAAAAUGACAUUUUCACUGCAGUUUACAGCCUUGAGUAGAAUUGUACUCAAUUGUACUCACUUGAAAACAAUAAUGCAAAUAUUCAUUGCAUUGUGGUGUUAUUGUAAUGAAUACUCAGGGAGAAAAAUUUGUAGAUUCACGCGCAGAGCGUGGCAGGUGUUUAUUUAGCCUUCGCAAAAGGCAGGAAUCGUGGUCACAGGCAGGCAAUGGUCAUACACAGGUAGGCAAAUAGGCAGGAGAAUCAAAAACUAGGACUGAAGGCUAUAACUGGUUCUCACAAACGAGCUAUAAAAAGGCUUAGUAGAGUCAAAACAAACAACACCUCACAAGGCACACACAGAAAGAACUGAACUAAAUAAGGAGCUGAUGAGACCAGGUGAGUAACUAACACAGGUGAAAUCAACGAACAAAUAUGAAAGACAGGGCUACGUUCAAGAACACAAAGAAACAGGGCUACGUACAAGAACAAAAGUUGAACUAAGAAAACAAAUACAGAACCUUACAGUUGUAGGGUAGUUUAGGUAGGAUCAUUUUAUUGUCCUUAAGGCCAUACAAAUUUAAUUAACUGUAUAACAGAUGUAUUUUCUUGGCCCCGUGUAGCUCAGUUGGUAGAGCAUGGCGCUUGCAACGCCAGGGUUGGGGGUUCGUUUCCCACGGGUGGCCAGUAUGAAAAAUGUAUGCACUCACUAACUGUAAGUCGCUCUGGAUAAGAGCGUCUGCUAAAUGACUUAAAUGUAAAAAUGUAAAUGUAAAAGUGAGGCGAGCCAACACAUUUAAAAAAAUCAUAGUAACAUUUUAAAAACAAAGUUGUACCCCCUUGUGAUAAUACUAAACAACACCUAGCAACCUCACCAAGAGAUUUUAGCCUUUCGGUAUUGUAGCAGGGAAUACAACUCGGGUUGCUGAUGUGAAAGACAAACACCCUACGCAUCAUGCCAAUAGGGUUAACCCACUUGCUUGAAAUUGUAACGUGGCUCAUAUAGCGAGGAUUGCUACACUGCCCCCUCCGUACUUGAAGGCACGACCCUGUGCUUCCACUACUCAGCCCCCUAGCACGUCCGAGCCAUGCAUUCCAAUGGCCGCCUCCACUUCUGACACCAGUGUAGCAAAUGGCAGGACAAGGAAGCGAAAAUGGGUCAGCUGGCGUGAAAGGGAAACACCCUAUGCAUUGUGCCAAUAGGGUUAACCCACUUGGGAGGAAUUGUAUCAUUACAUUUUAGUCAUUUAGCAGAUGCUCUUUUCCAGAGUACUUACAGGAGGAACUAGGGUUAAGUCAACAGAUUUUUCAUCAAGUCAGCUUGAGGAUUCAAACCAGCAACCUUUCAGUUACUGGCCCAACGCUCUUAACCACUAGGCUACCUGCUGGCCUCAUUAUGGCUCAUAUAAAGCUAGGAUUGUGACAGCAUAGUGGUUUUGGAAUGACAGUCACAAGGACCAGGGUUUGAGUCCCAGUCAGGGUACCACCUUAAUCCACUAAAUUGGUGUGAGGUGUUGGAGAGCACCAUUGAAGGUUUUUGGGGAAAAACUUUGAAAAGGACUGUUUCAGCAUGCAUUGCGGAUUUUAUAUAGCCGAUAUGCUAUAUAUCUUACCUUUAGAAAUGUUUACUUCAGGCUGACUACUAGCAUCUAUUGAGUUGCAAUUUCCCAUAAAUUGAAUGUUCAAAUCAACUUAAAGUACCUACAAAAUUAGUUUUGCAGCUACACAAUUCGAAAGGAAGGCUACAGCUACAUUUUUUCCUAUUACUAACCAGGUUUCCAUCGAACCUUUUUAUGCGAGUAAAGUACAUGUCGGAUAAAAAAUGUAAUGACUGGCCUGAUGGAAACAGAAACAUUUGCGGUAAACUGUCCAAAUGUCGACACAACAAAAUACACUAGAAAAAGUGGAUCUUUUCGUGUCUGUAAAAUAAAUUAUGCAGGAAAUGUUGAUGAAAACGCUUUUAUGUGCAAAUAUUGAUAUAAUAACCAUCAUAAGUUUGGACGCACGGGAUGACAUGUAGUGUGGUCCUCCCACUACGACUCCUUGGGAAAGCUUGCAGUUUAUUAGGCUACAGAUGAAAUAAGUUAUGAGGAACUUCACAGGGUGGUGAAAGUGCAAGGUGAUGAGCUUGAUGCUCCUUUCCAAUAAAUAUCGAGGGUCUUAGUCUGGUGACAUGAUCAUCGAUGCUUGGCUGCCAUUUGACAAAUAAAACAUAAUCUUGCUCUUUUGUCCAUAAUAAUCUCAUCAUGUAGGCUAUACCUGCGCGCUGUUGGCUAGCUAGAGCGCACAUGCCAAUACCAGAGUGGGCACACUCACUAUAUAACAAAAAAUAAUUGUGAGAAAACCAUCAGUAAAGUUGAAAAUGCGAUGGAAACCCAUUUGACUUGUAUUUCUUAUUUGGUACAAGGGAAUUUAAUGGCAAAGUAAUUUUUAUAUGCACUACGUCAUCACAUACAGCCUUUUAUCUGCAACAAGUCAUUUUGAUGGAAACACAUCUCUGGUGGGAAAAUGCGCAAAUAGUUUUUAUGCAGAUUUUAGAAUCUGUCACCAAUUAGAUGAAAACCUAGCUACUGUUUGCGAUUCACAAAUUAUUAUUUUGAUUGCCAUUAUUCGAUUCACCAACAAUUAACCGAUCCCCAACUACUACAAUUGCGAAGCACAUCAUUCAAUUUGUCAAAAAGAAUAGUUUUAAAAUAAUAUUUUCAUAUGAAUUAAAUGAAUCAAAUGAUUAUUAUUAUUAUUUUAUUUUUUCAGAAAUGUGAAGAGGGGCAUCCUCUAUAUAGUCAAUUUAAUUUGUAUGGCCUAAACAAGAUCAAUAGGGGAGCUUUUUGAGCUGCAUGUCUCAUGUCUUGACUGAUCUUUAAUGCGAAUUGACACACAAAAAAAUACACUACCCUCCCCAUAGCAAAAAAAAAAAGGUUUGACAACCUUCCCCUAUUUUGGACCAGCCCUCCACCCCAGUAAAUGUUGAUCUGUCCUUAAUUGCUUUGUAAUGCUCCAGAGAUCUUCCUCGGAGAGCUCUACCAAUCCUUAGUUUUUUUCUUAAGCCUCUUUUCAUGUGAAAGUACUGAUGAUCCAUUAUUCUUCUCAGGUAUUGAAGCAUUCUCCUCUUAACAUAAAGAGCGGUCAUCAUGGAUCCCAGAAGUCACCACUGGACCGAGCCAGGCCCUGGUCGUCACCCCCAGAGACCCAGGGAGAGAGAGGACUACCAUAGGCCUGCUCACCCUCACCAGGGGACUGGAACCGGGAACUACCCACCAGCACCAAAUGCUGGGGACGCUAUCACUGGGCACUACCCACCACCACCGGACCCCAGGGAGAGGGAGAGGCAGUGGUCACGCCAGGACCCUCGCUACAGGGGCUACCUCACCAGCCCUCCCCCUCCCAGACCACCUCCAGAGUUCUCUCUCAGCUCCUACAGCACCACCCAUUCCAGAACAGCUUACGGCAGACCCCACUCCACGAUGGGUUACAUCAGACCAGAGCCACAACACUCCAGACCCCACUCAAGGUUUGUACACAGAAACUGACUGUAACUUAUUAUAUUAUUGUCAAAAGUCAAUGUCUCAAUUUGAAAACGUACAAAUAAAGUAUAUAAAAAAGAAAGAAACUGACUGUAACUGUAACUAUCCACUAUUCAUUGAGGAAAAGGUUAAACUACUGUAUCUCUCAGUAUUAUUUAUUGUGGUUUGGUGGUGACACUUGUGAAAUGCCAGCUAUUUAUUAUGUGGACCCUAAGAUACAGUUUUUAAUAAAUCAUGUAUCUUUAUAUGAUCAGAAAUGGAUCUAUGAUAUCUUUAUAUGAUCUUAUUGUUUACAGGCAAGCAUAUGACUACCCACCCCAGAUUUACUGGGACCAUAGUCAGGACUAUGGCUACUAUGACCAGGGCUAUUACAAAGGACAUUACCCAGGUACUGACAUAUUGUUAUCAGUGGAUUACAGUGAUGCAUUAUAUUACACAAGUAUUGCACUCCUGCUUGCAAAGCAACUUAAGCUAUUAUCAGAGUUAUAAAAAUGGCGGCAGGUAGCCUAGCGGUUAAGAACGUUGGAACAGUAACUGAAAGUUUGCUGGUUCGAACCCCUGACCUGACCAGGUGUAACCUUACCCCUAGUUGCUCUGGAUAAGGCUGUCUGCUAAAUGACAUAAAGGUAAAUGUAAAAAACUUGCUUAGCAAGCUGGGGAAGGUAAAUGAAUUAAAUUACUAACACCCCGUAGCACUCACUUCUGUCAUCAUGAAGUGCUUUGAGAGGCUAGAUAAGGAUCAUAUCACUUACCCGACACACUAGAACCACUACAAUUUGCAUACCGCCCCAACAGAUCCAUGGAUGGCGCCAUUGCACUGCAUGCUGCCCUAUCCCAUCUGGACAAGAGGAAUACCUAUGUAAGAAUGCAGUUCAUUGACUAAAGCUCAGCCUUCAACACCAUAGUGCCUUCCAAGCUCAUCAAUAAGCACGGGGCCCUGGGUUUGAACCCCGCCCUGUGCAACUGGGUCCUGGGCAGACCCCAGGUGGUGAAGGUAGGCAACAUCACCUCCGCUACGCUGAUCCUCAACACAGGGCCCCACAAGGGUGCGCGCUAAGCCCCCUCCUGUACUCCUUGUUCACCCAUGACUGCGUGGCCACGCAUGUCUCCAACUCAAUCAUCAAGUUUGCAGACGACACAACAGUAGUAGGCCUGAUUACCAACAACAAUGAGACGGAGGAGGUGAGGGCCAGGAAAAUAACCUCAACGUCAACAAACGAAGGAGCUGAUUGUGGUCUUCAGGAGACAGCAGAGAGAGCACAGGGCUGCAGUGGAGAGGAUGAAAAGCUUCAAGUUCCUCUGCGUGCACAUCAUUGACAACCUGAAAUGGUCUAUCCACACAGACAGUGUGGUUAAGAAGGCACAACAUUGCCUCUUCCACUAGGACCCUCACAAACUUCUACAGAUGCACCAUUGAGAGCAUCCUGUCGGGCUGUAUCACCGCCUGGUACUGCAAUUGCACCGUCCGCAACUGCAGGGCUCUCCAGAGGGUGGUGCGGUCAGCCCAACAUAUCACUGGGGGCACAGUGCCUGCCCUCCACGACAUCUACAGCACCCGGUGUCACAGGAAGGCCAAGAAGAUCAUCAAGGACCUCAGCCACGGUGUGUUCACACCGCUACCAUCUAGAAGGCGGAGACAGUACAGGUGCAUCAAAGCUGGGAACGAGAGACUGAAAAACUGCUUCUAUCUCCAGGCCAUCAGACUGUUAAAUAGUCACCACUAGCCGGCCUCUGCCCAGGACCCUGCCCUGAACUUACUCACUGUUACUAGCCGGCUACCACCCGGUACUCUACCCUGCACCUUAGAGACUGCUGCCCUAUGUACAUAGUCAUUGGACACUGGUCACUUUAAUAAUGUUUACAUACUGUUUUACCCACUUCAUAUGUAUAUACUGUAUUCCAGUCAAGGCUCAUCCUAUAUAACUACUGCUGUACACACCUUUUCUAUUCAUAUACUGUCCAUACUGUCUAUACACACAAUCAUAUACAUAUAUAUUUAUAUUUCGGACUCUGACAUUGCUCGUUCUGAUAUUUCUUCAUUCCUUUCUUUGAUUUGAUGGGAUUUGUGUGUAUUGUUUUGUAUUGUUAGGUGAGCUAGAAACAUAAGCACUUCGCUGCACCUGCGAUAACAUUAGCAAAAUAUGUGUACGCAACCAAUAACAUUUUAUUUUAUUUUAUUUCAACAUAUGCACCACAGUACAAAGGUAAUUCAUGUGUAAAGAAGCAAAACUAAACAAUAACUAUGUGCAAGUAAGCAACAUGAUUGAUACAAUUCUCUGUAAUUGAUAUGAUCCAGAUGCAGGUCAAUGGGCUCCCCAGGAACAAUGGAGAUCUGACCCGUAUCAGGAGAGGAGAUAUGAGCAGGACCAGACUGGCAGUGGCUACCCAGAACAACAAAGGUUAGACAGAAAGACGUGACAUUCAUGAUAUUUCUUUCAUUGAAGGGCAUGAAUUCAACCCUAUUUCUUCUUCUUCUAAUUAUUUUUCAGGUAUGACCAGCGAAGAGCCAGCUCUCAGCAUGACUUCAGAGGCUCUGAUGAAGAUCGUUCUAAAGAGAAUGGGGAGGCUGGUGGAGAUGUAAACAUCUAAAUAUUAUGAUUAAUAAAUGAUAUUAAUUUCUUAUGACAAAGAUACAGAUCUGUGUUGCUGUUUGCCCACUUUGGUGAAUACUUACUUUGGGAACUUGGUUGUAUGAUGUUCUCCAUCCCUGCCCAUUCUCCUAUCUUGGUUUGACUGGUCUUGUCCUCCAGGCCUGCUCUUAUGCCGCUGGGGCUCUGGUCAUCUCCAAGGCCUCAGGCCUGUCCUCCAGUAGCUAUGAGUUGAGCCAGUACAUCAACGGUGCUGAACAGACUGACCCUGCCCCACAACCCACCUGGAGCACAGCAGACACAGGUAAUAAUUGAGUUACAUGUAAUCUCCGCCCAGAUACUAUAGGUCUGUCUCUUAGAAACAGGGGUCAUGCUGUUCUCUGUAGGGUUGGUUGUAUUCCACUAAUAACAAAGGAGCACGAUGAGGCUAACUGUCCAUCCUCAAGUCUAAUGAACACUCAUUACAGCACAAUGAAUAUCUCCCAUGAAGGUGAUAAUAUUAUUAAUGAUAAUAAUGCAUGUUCUCUCCUUAGAGCAUGCAGCAAUUCCCCAGGCGACUGCCCCUCUGAAAUACACUUUGCCCCAUGCUCUGGUCAGCUUUGGUCCAGCCGGACAGUUGAUCCGGAUUAGUCCUGGUCUGGCCAUGCAGGGAGACCCAGGGAAGGUGGAACUACACAGUCUGGAGGUACAGUUCUAGGUUAAAGGAGCAGGACAGAAUCAGUACGGAGAAUAGUAGGAUAUACAGUUGAAGUCGAAAGUUUACAUACACUUAGGUUGGAGUCAUUAAAACUCAUUUUUUUAACCACUCCACAAAUUUCUUGUUAACAAACUAUAGUUUUGGGAAGUCGGUUAGGACAUCUACUUUGUGCAUGACACAAAUAACGUAUAAUUCAUUGUAUCACAAUUUCAGUGGGUCAGAAGUUUACAUACACUAAGUUGACUGUGCCUUUAAACAGCUUGGACAAUUCCAGAAAAUGAUGUCUUGGCUUUAGAAGCUUCUGAUAGGCUAAUUGACAUCAUUUGAGUCAAUUGGAGGUGUACCUGUGGAUGUAUUUCAAGGCCUACCUUCAAACCCAGUGCCUCUUUGCUUGACAUCAUGGGAAAAUCAAAAGAAAUCAGCCAAGACCUCAGAAAAAAAUUGUAGACCUCCACAAGUCUGGUUCAUCCUUAGGAGCAAUUUCCAAAUGCCUGAAGGUACCACGCUCAUCUGUACAAACAAUAAUACGCAAGUAUAAACACCAUCACGCAGCCGCCAUACCGCUCAGGAAGGAGACGCGUUGUCUCCUAGAGAUGAACGUACUUUGGUGCGAAAAGUGCAAAUCAAUCCCAGAACUACAGCAAAGGACCUUGUGAAGAUGCUGGAGGAAACAGGUACAACAUUAUCUAUAUCCACAGUAAGACGAGUCCUAUAUCGACAUAACCUGAAAGGCCGCUCAGCAAGGAAGAAGCCACUGCUCCAAAACUGCCAUAAAAAAGCCAGACUACGGUUUGCAACUGCACAUGGGGACAAAGAUUGUACUUUUUGGAGAAAUAUCCUCUGGUCUGAUGAAACAAAAAUAGAACUGUUUGGCCAUAAUGUCCAUCGUUAUGUUUGGAGGAAAAACGGGGUGGCUUGCAAGCCGAAGAACACCAUCCCAACCGUGAAGCACGGGGGUGGCAGCAUCAUGCUGUGGGGGUGCUUUGCUGCAGGAGGGACUGGUGCACUUCACAAAAUAGAUGGCAUCAUGAGGAAGGAAAAAUAUGUGGAUAUAUUGAAGCAACAUCUCAAGACAUCAGUUAGGAAGUUAAAGCUUGGUCGCAAAUGGGUCUUCCAAAUGGACAAUGACCCCAAGCAUACUUCCAUAGUUGUGGCAAAAUGGCUUAAGGACAACAAAGUCAAGGUAUUGGAGUGGCCAUCACAAAGCCCUGACCUCAAUCCUAUAGAAAAUGUGUGGGCAGAACUGAAAAAGUGUGUGCGAGCAAGGAGGCCUACAAACCUGACUCAGUUACACUAGCUCUGUCAGGAGGAAUGGGCCAAAAUUCACCCAACUUAUUGUGGGAAGCUUGUGGAAGGCUACCCGAAACGUUUGACCCAAGCUAAACAAUUUAAAGGCAAUGCUACCAAAUACUAAUUGAGGGUAUGUAAACUUCUGACCCACUGGGAAUGUGAAGAAAGAAAGAAAAGCUUAAAUAAAUCAUUCUAUCUACUAUUAUUCUGACAUUUCACAUUCUUAAAAUAAAGUGGUGAUCCUAACUGACCUAAGAUAGGGAAUCUUUACUAGGAUUAAAUGUCAGGAAUUGUGAAAAACUGAGUUUAAAUGUAUUUGGCUAAGGUGUAUGUAAACUUCCGACUUCAACUACAUGGCAGAAUUGUUGUGGUGAACUAGCAGGUUCUAGGAAGAGGUCACAAUCAUGUAAUGAAUAGAGUAGGCAUCAAGGAAGGGCUAAAUUACUGGGAGAUUAGUUUCGGUUUGGAGGAACUGUUAAGCUGUUUUUAUCAGUAUUGAGCUGGUGUGUGAGAAGUUUCUGUUAAUGUGUUACUGAGAGGCUGUCUGUCUGUUCUGUCUGCAGAUCAUUCUGGGGGAAACACAGGAGCAGCAGGACAUGAGAGAAUUUCCUGGACCGCUGGCUAGGUAUUUUACACUCUUAAACACAAUAUCCAAACAUCCAUGCUACUCAGUAUGUGAUGAUGUAUUGUCCAUGCAUGCAAAAUAGGAGACACUGACCAAAUAACCACUCCCAACAAAACUGUUCUAGAGAGAGUAAAAACAGGCACACAAAAUGCAUUGAAAACAUGAAUGUUUACUGUUAUAAUGGUGGCUAUUAGUAUUAUGUGUGUAUUUCUCUCAACGGGCAUUUUUUCAACUCCUUCAAAGGGAAGACCUGCACAAAGUAGAUGCCAUCUCUUUUGCCCACCAGAUGGCAGAAGCCUGCAUGAAAGAUGAAAAGCUACAAGACAAGGGCUCUGCCGCCCUCCUUUGGAAUCUACUGGUACUGCUGUGCAGACAGAAUGGAGUAGGUGUACUAUAUAUCUCCUCACACUCUUACAGUAGGUGUCCUAUAGACUGGAUCUCCUCACACUCUUACAGUAGGUGUACUAUAUAUCUCCUCACACUCUUACAGUAGGUGUACUAUAUAUCUCCUCACACUCUUACAGUAGGUGUACUAUAUAUCUCCUCACACUCUUACAGUAGGUGUACUAUAUAUCUCCUCACACUCUUACAGUAGGUAAAACUAUUUUUGUCUUAGCACUCUUGAAAUAUCACAAGUUGGCCAAGAUGGUCCAAAAGUAAACUAAACGCCCACCCACAUACUCAUUCUAACAUUACCCUAUCUUUUUAUCUCCCUGGAUUCAUUCAGCGUAUCGUUGGUUCAGACAUAGCAGAGCUGCUGAUGAGGAACUCUCAGGGCCAUGGUGGUUCAGGGGGCAGUGAAUCAGAGGCCCCUACACUCAUAGGUAAUAGUUUUUUUUAAGCGUCUGCUAAAUGGCAUAUAUAGGUAAAGGACUCUACACCACACAUACUGAGGAAGACAUGUUGUUUUUUAUCUAUUGGACAUGUUGCUAUGAGUUAAAAAUACAUCAAACAAAGCUUGUAAAUAAUUGCAAAUUAUAUCCAAGUGAGUCCUGGCCUUUUUUCACUUUUUAAACCACCCUCAUAGACCUGAGUGAGGGCCCUAGUCCUGAGACAGACCCCUUGGAUGGAGCAGAUCUGCUGACAGGGACAGCCACUAGUGUCUGUACGCCUGAGUCCACAGAGAAGGACAUGCAGGGAUACACCAAGCUUCUCCUGGCUGGACGGAAGAAGGUCAGGGUGAUCUCUUGAACAAUAUAUAAUAAUAUAUUUUAAAAUGGUAAAGUAAUCUCCUAUUUAUUCUGAGAUUAAUAGAUAGUGUCUAUGAUUAACACCAUGGAGACAGCAUAGUGAUAGCUGUCUGACUAAUGUUACACCAGGGCUAUCCUCUUACUCCUCCAACACUGACCCCUGACCCUGUGUUCUUUCACACCACCUUCACCCCUGCCUAUGCCUCUCCCAUAACUCCCCCACUCCUCCCCCACACCUCAUGUCUCCUCCAGAUACUUCAGGCAUAAUGUUUGAGUUUCACAGAUCUCCAUCUGCUAGUGCCCCCCCCCCCCCCCGCCCCCGUCUCCCCUCCACCUACCCCAUGCAUCCCCGACGCUUCCCCAACUGUACCUUCACCCCUCCCUAAACCUCCUCAUGCAUCCCCCAAACCUCCCCUAUGCCUCCCCCACGGUUCCUCCACCCUUCACUCACGUCUCCUCCACACCUCCAUUAUGGUUCUUUCACAGGAGGCCCUGGAGUUGGCCAUGAAGAGGGGACUGUGGGGCCACGCCCUGUUCCUGGCCAGCAAGAUGGACAACAGGUCCUAUACCACUGUGUUGAACAGGUAAGCGCAUGAGAAACAUUAUCUUUGAGACAUUACAGUGAUUUUAGAGAUAAUACACUAUUGAUUCAAGGUCAGUGAUUUGUAAAGGAGAACUACAGGUAUCUAUAGACUGUAUAAAAACAACACAUCUUACAGACUACAUUUGAAUAAACCCAAAAGUGAUAUAAUGUUAUUGGUAAUAGUUUUUUUGUCAUAAUCCAUUUUCUCACAACAUCUCGGCUCAUUGUCAUCGUUCUGUGUCUGGCAGGGAGGGAUAGUGGGAUGGGGAGGAGGAUGAGGGGGCGGGGGGGUAAGGAAUAGGGGGAGACUGCAGGGAUGAGGAGUGAAGCUUGGGGUGAGGGAUAGGGACAGGGGGAGGACUGAGGAAUGCCUGGUCUCUGGGCAGAUCAUUGGUCUGUCUCUAUUGCAGAUUUAUGGACCUCACGCAGGUUGUUUGCAGUUCUGUGGGCAAAACCCACAUCCUCACUUACAUGAUCUGAUGAUAGGUGUCGGGGUUGUCAACAUACUCAGCACACAGCGCAGUGUUACAUAUUAAUAUAGCGUUACAUAUUAAUAUGCUGUUACGUAUUCAUAUACCGUUACGUAUUCAUAUACCGUUACAUAGUAAUAUACCGUUACAUAUUCAUAUACCGUUACAUAUUCAUAUACCGUUACGUAUUCAUAUACCGUUACGUAUUCAUAUACAGUUACAUAGUCAUAUACAGUUACAUAUUCAUAUACCGUUACGUAUUCAUAUACCGUUACGUAUUCAUAUACCGUUACAUAUUCAUAUACCAUUACAUAUUCAGUAUUUCGGUAGGUAUUUCUUUUUUGUAAUAUUAAAUUACUUUUUUUUUUUUUAUAAACAAAAAACAUAAGCGUUUCUAUUUCUGUUACCCUGAACAGGGGUGGAUUUUUCCAUGUACAGUAUGGCCUUACAUGUUCAUAUCUAUUACAUAUUACUAUCACAUUACAUAUUCAGUAUUUUGAAUUUCCAUGACGUGGGUGGUUCUAUUUGCAGCACUCAGUGACAGGAACUGUGCAGGGGCGGGAUUCUUUCUAUGUACAGUGACCUUACAUAUUCAUAUCUAUUACAUAUAAAUAUUGAAUAUUACAUAUUCAGUUUUUCCAUGGCGUGGUCAUCUCUAUGGCAGGUUUACAGGCCAGCUAGCUCCCAGCGACCCCCUACAGACCCUGUUUCAGAUGCUCUCUGGGAGGAUCCCUGCUGUUUCCACGGUAAAACAAUGCUUAAUAAAUACAUAAACAUACCACAGUACAAUAGUUGUCUAUUCUAUUGUGCCCUUCCUUCCUUGUGUAAUUGGUGCUGGUCUUGGCACAUUUACUGUAGUUGACCAGUUCAUGCUUUCAGUGGCUGUUGUGUUCAUUGUACUGUAGUUGGUAAUUAUGCUAACAAUGUACAGUACAUGUAUGUUGCACCAAAUUGUAAUAUAACAAUCUGGUAAUAGACUGACAGUGUGUGUGUGUGUGUGUCCUCAGUGUUGUGGAAGUGACAAAUGGAAAGACUGGGAGCCUCACCUGGCCGUCAUGCUGUCCAAUGAGACGGGAGAUCCUAUCACGCACCAGAAGAGCAUUAUUACCAUGGGAGACACGCUUGGUAUACACGCACGCACGCACACACACACACACACACACACACACACACACACCCCCCCCCCCCUGUUCAUUUACAUUUUUACAUUUUAGUCAUUUAGCAGACGCACUUAUCCAGAGCGACUUACAGUUAGUGAGUGCAUACAUUUUUCAUACUGUUCCUGGCCAGCAAGAUGGACAACAGGUCCUAUACCACUGUGUUGAACAGGUAAGCGCAUGGAGAAACAUUAUCCUUGAGACAUUACAGUGAUUUUUGAGAUAAUUCACUAUUAUUUUCUCACAACAUCUCGGCUCAUUGUCAUCGUUCUGUGUCUGGCAGGCAGGGAUAGUGGGAUGGGGAGGAGGAUGAGGGGGCGGGGGGGUAAGGAAUAGGGGGAGACUGCAGGGAUGAGGAGUGAAGCUUGGGGUGAGGGAUAGGGACAGGGGGAGGACGGAAGAAUGCCUGGUCUCUGGGCAGAUCAUUUGUAUGUCUCUAUUGCAGAUUUAUGGACCUCACGCAGGUUGUUUGCAGUUCUGUGGGCAAAACCCACAUCCUCACUUACAUGAUCUGAUGAUAGGUGUCUGGGUUGUCAACAUACUCCGCACACAGUGCAGUGUUACAUAUUCAUAUACCGUUACAUAUUAAUAUAGCGUUACAUAUUCAUAUACCGUUACAUAUUCAUAUACCGUUACGUAUUCAUAUACCGUUACGUAUUCAUAUACCGUUACCCCCCACACACACACACACACAUUUCUACUGGAUUGUAGUGGCUGUGUUUCUAUUCUCCUCAGAAAGGUUUUGUCUGAGUCCCAAAUGGUACCAUAGUGCACUAUAUAGGAAAUAGGGUGCCAUUUGUUACAUAACCUUAGUGUUGUCUCUCCCCAGCCUCCAGAGGGCUGUCACAUGCUGCUCAUAUCUGCUAUCUGACGGCUUACGCUCCUUUUGGCGUCUACACAGCCAAGACAGAGAGACUGGUGCUUCUGGGCAACUGCAACAGGUGAGCUCAGCUGUAAUAUGACCCAGAUUCUGUUAACGCUCCUUUCACUUGUCAACUUUCUGGGUGGUGAUCCCCUCUUUCACUAUUAUAUCUUCCUAACGAGGGGGGAAUGUCCUCUGGGACUCACUGUAGAACAGCACAGCAAAAUGUCUUGCAGAACAGGGAUGUCAUGCACCCAUUUCUGAGGGGUACACACGAUGGAGGUGCCGAUGUGAGGGUGGAUGCUCCUAUGGGCAUGAAAGUAAUAGCUCUUGAUUGCGGUAACUAAUGCCACAACAUAAUGCUGCUAUUAUCGUAGCAUGACUGGUAUGAAAACCACUAAGUCCUACUUAAAGGCCCAGCACAGUCAAAAACGUGAUUUUCCUGUGUUUUAUAUAUAUUUCCACACUAUGAGGUUGGAAUAAUACUGUGAAAUUGUAAAAUUAUGUUAAUGCCCUUUUAGUGUAAGCUGUUUGAAAAGGCCACUUGAAAUUCCAGCCUGUUUUGGUGGGAUGGAGUUUUGGCCUUCCUGGUGACAUCAGUUAAUACAGGGUUUCCCAAACUCGGUCCUGGGGCCCCCCCUGGGUGCACGUUUUGGUUUUUGCCCUAGUUUCUAUUUUACCAUUUUAAUUGAAAACAAUCACAGUAAGGUAGUUAAUUGUUACCCAGAAAUUAUUUGAUAUUGAGCUAGAAACGCCUUUUAAAGUAACUGUCCAGUGUUUCCAUAUUUCUAUGAAAUAUUACAUAUAAUUAAUUAAAAUAUGAGUGAAAUAGUUUCCCUUCCAAAUGUUUUUAAUUAGGUAUGUUAAAAAGCAGCUUUUCUGUGUUGGAAUGGUGUGGGCGUACCCUAACAACAGAAUGGUGUGGGUGUAUACAGGUUCUUAAAAAUAUUCAUGCAAGAAGGCCGCUGAUUGGCCAGCUCAGCCAAUGAGCCAACAUGACAUCAUGUUCUAUGAGGAAAUAGCAAGCAUUUUAUUAAACGGUCUUGUUGCGAUACAAGUUUAAAGUGGAGUUUUUUAAGUGUUUAUUUUCUCCAAUGGAUGCUUUGGCCAAAAAUACGGGUAUAGGACAAGUCAACAACAUUAUUUGGGUAUGAGUUAACAGAAUAUUAACUUUUAAAAGUUAGAUUUUUACUGGACAGUUACUUAAGCCUUCUUAAGACUUAGUCGGGAAGCUAGUAGGUAGUAGUAGUAGUCCCAAUGGUAACUUUUGUAUGUUUAAAAAUGAUGUGAGAAACUAUGUCACACAACGUCUGCUAAGAACUGAAUGUGUUUUCCUCCCCCACAGUCUCCCAUUCAAAGAGUUUGCUCAGAAUUCUGCCAUUCGGUGCACAGAGUUAUUUGAGUACUGCCAGAGACUUGGAGAUAAAUUAUUCUGUAUCCCCCCUUUCCAGGUAGUUAAUAUUCAUUUUUUGUGUUUUUUAUGACUAGUAUGAUUUGUCCAUAAUUUGCCAGAUUUGGAACUCAUAAGUCAAUACAGAGUUGUGAUUCCAUCAGUAUUUUGCUAUUAAGCUUUCUCUAGGCCAGGAUACAGUGAAAUGAUGUUUAGCUUUUUCCAUGUGGCUACUGUAGGUUGUGCUGUUGUGUUGUUGUCUUGUUACAACCUGUUGUGUCAUUCCCAGGUGUAUAAGUUCCUGUAUGCGUGUCGUCUGCUGGAUGCGGGGCUGGCGUCCCAGGCCUUCCACUACUGUGAGGUGAUAGGGAUGUCUUUACUCAGACUGCAGGAGCCCAGCAUGGUGCUGCUGGGAGAGCUUAUCAAGGUAGAGCACUUUAUCAUGAUACUCUGACAUAUACACAUCAUAUGUAGCACUUCGGCGCUAGGUAGACUAGCGGUUAAGAGCGUUGGGCCAGUAACCGAACGGUAGCUGGUUUGAAUCCCUGAACUGACUAGGUGAAAAAUCUGCCUGUGUGCCCUUGAGCAAGGCACUUAACCCUAAUUGCUCUGGAUAAGAGCGUCUGCUAAAUGACUAAAAUGUAAAGUCAUGAUACAUUCAUGCACACCUAUCUAUGCACUUCCAUACAUACGCUAAACACAGUCUGCAGGGAGAACUUAUAUAAGUAGCGUACUCUGACAUGUACUGUAUGUAUCAUACACUCAUUUUAUGCCAUAUUGCAUUCCUAGUAUCCAAUCACUUCAGGGCCUGUAUUCAUAAAGCGUCUCAGAGUAGGAAUGCUGAUCUAGGAUCAGUUUUCCCUUUUAGGUCAUAAUGAAACCAUUACAUGGACAGGAAGGACCUGUUCCAGGGGGUACCAGAUUAGGCACUAAUCUACUGUAAAGGAGUGCCUUAAAAACACUAGCGGUGUGUGUGUGUUUGCUCAGCACUUUCCCUGUGUGUGUGUCCUCUCCUCCCAGCUGGCAGAGCGGCUGAAGCAGUGUGAGGGAAUGGGACAGCUCAGUGACACAGCUGACAACAGGCCUGGACAGGAGCCUGACUGGCUAAAGCAGCUGAGAUACAGACAGCAGGGAAUACAGGUGACCACACCACAAAGCAUCAUAAUUUUACCCGUCAUCUCUCUCUCUCUCUCUCUCUCUCUCUCUCUCUCUCUCUCUCUCUCUCUCUCUCUCUCUCUCUCUCUCUCUCUCUCUCUCUCUCUCUCUCUCUCUCUCUCUCUCUCUUGUCACAUUUUCACAUGUUCCUCUGUUUGUGUUGGAGAUGAUGAUUACGUAUUUACUAUAGUCCAGCUGGCAAGACUAGACUCAGGUUUUUAACUUGCCACAGUCAGCACAAUGGUUGACCUUACAUAGACACUGGUAACAUUGUUAUUACUACAUUAUAACCCCUUCGUACCAUUCAAAUGAUAUAGUUCAAACAAUACCAGACCCUUAUGAUCUUAAUUGUGUCUUUUUUGUCUCUUCCAAAACAUUCUCUACACAUUAUGAUGCUAUGGUUAAAACAUAUGUAUUUACUUAGAUGGGGAGCAAUGGUUGUAGUGAUACAUACCAGUCACCAGCAGAAGGGAGUGCAUUGGCCCAUGAGGAGAGCAGAGUGUAUUCAGGUAAACCUACAGUCCCAGAUCAUUAUUUCAAUGGACAAUUAAUAACAAUUUAUUGGACUCAUAUAGCACUUUUCCAGAUGAUCAAAAGCGUUUACAUAGUAAGGGGGAACUCACCUCAUCCACUUGGGUGAUGUAGGGCCAACAUUUGUGCCACAUAUAAGCUGAACAGACAUACAGUAUUUCUCUGCUCUGUGUCUGUAUGGUGUGGUACCCUCUUAUUCCACCUGGGCGUAGUGUCUCAUGUAUCAGAGUUGCAUGAUGACUCAUCAGAGGGCUCGUCCUAUCAACCAGUUGCACAGUGUUAGAACCAUGUCCCUGGUCAAAAGUAGUGCAUUUGAUAGGGAAUGGGGUGCCAUUUGGAACGCACUCCAGUGUUCUAAUGUUUGUCUUCACUCCAUUGAUUUCGCUGUAGAAUCGGACACCGGUGACCUUUCUGUGAGGGGAGAUGACCAGGGACCGGAUGCUGAAUUAUUCUACCACAAAGCAGCAGAAGAGCAACAACAACAGCACGUGCAGGCACAGCAGAUCAACACCCAGCCUCCUCUGCCAGUUAUGGCUUCUAACACUCAGCCUGCAGUGCCCCUAGUGGUGGGAGGCCACUACAGUUACCACUACACAGACACUGCCCAGCCUCAGCCUCAGACUUCAUCUCAGCAUCCUACACUGGACUGUCCUCCUUUAGAAAAGGAAGGUGAGACAACGGAUGAGGGCUCUGGUUUUGAUUGAUCAAACAUACUAAUGAUUCAACCCUGUUUCUGGUGGUUAUAAUGAAACAUGCUCAUUUAAUUUCACUCCUCUUUACUCAUUUUGUGAAUCUUCUUACAUGUUUCUGUUGUUAACUGUGAUAUGAGGACCUCAUGCUUUGAUUUCAUUGUAUUGUUCUAGGGGGUGAUCCAUCUGCUGGCACAGGCAUGGUGAGUCCUCAGGAGAGUUUUAUUGGCUACCAAACAUACAUUAGAUGUAUAUACACAAACAUACCCCCUAUUGGGGCAUACAAAUAAGUGGACAUGUCAAAUUACAGUCUGUAUAUCUGUCUGUCCUAUGCAGAUAGGGGUCCAUGUGAAUGCUGGCAUGAUGCCGGUGGCAGAGUAUAGUCAGCAGUAUGGCCAGGAGUAUGGUUAUGGAGGUCAGCAGGCAUGGCAGCAGGGAGGGCACCAGGCAACCAUCACGCAGGAGGGCAAGGCCUCAGAGCCGGACAAAAUCCAACCAAAACAGGUGGGCGGAGCCUGAAGCCUGUCAUCAUCUCGACAGCAUCAGAUAAGAACCAGAGUUUUGUUUUAAUAAGACUCUCUCUCUCUCUCUGUGUGUGUGUCUCCAUCUCUCUCUCUCUCUCUCUCUCUCUCUCUCUCUCUCUCUCUGUGUCUCUCUCUGUCUGUGUGUCUCUCUGUGUCUCCAUCUCUCUCUCUCAUUCUCUCUCUCUCUGUGUGUGUCUGUGUCUGUGUCUGAUCAGAGCACCAAGUCAGGGUGGUUUAGCAGCUGGUUCAAACACAAACCCAAAGAGGAGCAAAGUGAGGCGCCUCAGGAUGCCGACUCAGCUGACCCAGUUCCCACUAUGGUAAGGGUCAAGCAGACCUACUUAACUCUUACCUAGCUGUUAGAUGGGGGACAUAACAGCAUGCACUUUCAAGUCAGUGAUCUCAAGUUUAGGUUUUGUAGUUUACCGUCCAACAAAUUAUGUCGAUAGACAUAAUAACAUUUUGAUGAUGAUGGGAAAGAAAAUUAUAAACUUAGUUGAAAACAAUAUUUUAAAAUUAAAAGGAUUCUUCAAAUUAACCACUAAGGCCGACAGUUUUGGCUAUUAUUAUUAUUAUUAUUAUGAUAUUCAGAGCAUUUGACCUCCUUGUACUUCUCAUAAGACCCAUUGGAGGUGGUGACGAUGUUUAGUUUGAAUGUAGACCCAUUGAACCUUUUUAAUGGAGGUCAACCACUAGCUCUAAGUAAGGUAUGGUAUUUGCUGUCGGUCAACCAACUCUUUCCAGUUCUAUGGCAAUGUUUGCAACACAUUCUGCAUAAAUACUGUUUCUGUAGUUUAGCUAUUUUGUUGUCCAUAGCAUCUGAAUUGUACAGCUAUGAUCCAUAAGCUACAAUGAUAAAGCAUAAGCUACAAUGAUACAAUGCAUAAUAACCAUAUGUAUCAUAAAUGGUAGAGGUUUAACUACUACUUUCCUGAGAGCAUUGUAUCAUGCAAGUUAGAUUAAAACAUAGAUUUUUUAAAAGUUGCUCUAAAUAUGCCAAUAAGUCAAGUCACAAGUAAUUCAAAUUAUUGUAUAGUUUUUUGUUAUUAAGUGAUUUCAAAAUGUUUGAGACUAACUGGCUGAUAAAUUGUUGUAAAUUAUCAAUGCAAAAUAUAGCCUUCCAAUUGUCAAAGUAAAGCUUUUCAGAAACAGCCUAAAUACAUGAUUACAUAAUCAGAAACAAAAGUAGCUUUCCUUGUGUCAAAGACGGUAAACUCUCAAAACUCACCACGGAGAAGCUAUUGACAAUCCCAGUCAUAUCAGUCUAUGUAUGCCCCUUUAACUGGAGGUUCUGAGAGAUAAGCAAACCUAACGCGUCCUAGUGCCGUAAAAUGAAUUCAAUGUAAGGUAGUUGACUUUCCGAGUGAUGACCCCUUAGUACAGCUGUAGGAUCUUCAUUUGAUCACUCUUUUGUUGCAGAUGAGCUUUGUGAUUUCCAUAAAUUCAUCGAAAAUCCGCAAUAACACAGGUUAUAUUAGCAGUAUUGCACUUUUCAUGUAGCCUACUUUUGUCCAGCUAAUAGCCUAAUCACCGAUCAAGCAACAUUAUGGACUAACGUUCGAAUACUGUUGCUGCAGGAUUAUUUUGCUAAGGCAAUACUUGUCAAAUUAAGAUCCUACAUCUGUAUCCUUAGUGCCCCUCGGGAAUGUAUUCGUCGGUUACAUCAUUGUGCAAUAGUAGGUCAGUGGGUCUUGGGCGAUAAUGUAACAUAAUGUAUGUGUAUUUCCUCAGGAGACGCCUCCCACUUCCCUAUUCUCUUUCCCACCCCCGCCCACUACCAACAUCCCUGCAGCCAAUUUUCCUACCCAGCCUGCGUCUACUGGUAUCAACCCCUUUUCUCGAAAAGCGGGUGAAUAACGGUGCGGAAUGCAUUGGACAACACAUAGACUCAAGUUUGUAUGUUUUGCUGCAACCACCCACCAUACAUCAUACACCUGUACACAUACACAAAUCAUUAAUGAUAAUACAAUAUUUGUGGUGACAAUCUUUUGGUUCAUAGCCAAUAACUGACAUGUAGCCUAAUCAAUGCAUGUUUUUGCAUGCAUUGAUUACGUUACAGAGGCAUGUUUUUGGUGACAAGCAUUUACAUGGUUGCAAGAACAGAGCUGUAGGACCAUUCUGCAUUGCCAUUCACAUUGAUAUUUAAUGGAUGACUGCAUGUUGGAACUGCAGAAAUGCAGGAAUAAUGUGCAGAACAGUGUCCAAUCCUCUAUGCCCUGUAGAUAAAGGCUUUUUAACUUUAAAACCCAUCUGGAGUGCCUGGAACUUCGACUCUUCAAACAAUUUUACAAUCUUUUGUUGGAUUUUUCCUGUUUUUCUGAUUUCUGAUUCCCCACUCCAGAGCAAUGGUGGAUGUUUUUUUGGGAUACCUGUAGUGCUCCCGAUACAUUGUCUCCUUUCGGGCGUUUAAAAAAAAAUGGCACCCCCAUCCUCCCAUCCUCUGUGACUGCCUCUUGAACCAGACAUAUUCAGGCUGAAAGACAACUGUAUGCUUGCCUAGGCUAACAUGAAGUGAGGAAUUUUGACUGUUGCUUCUUUUGUAAAGAAAUACCCAACAUGCGCCACCAUUUAGUUAUAGUGCUUCCAUUGAUAGUGUUAGUGCUCCUAUUAAUAGUGUUAGUGCGCCCAGUGAUAGUGAAAUUUAAUGUUAGAGCACACCAGUGAGUGAUUGUCUGACAUUUGGUCUGCUGUAGGAUCCUUUCAGUGGCUCAAGUCUUUAAACAGCAGAAUGAGUACAACAGAGAAAUACAAAUGGUUUUAUAACAACGCUUUUUUGUGAAUAUAUGAUUUUCUCAAUGAGAAAACAGUGCUCAUGUGAUAUUUGACCUGAGUGCUAUUGUAUAUGAGAUAUAACCUUGAUUUCUAUGAGUGUCCCUCCCUUUUAUCAUUAUCUAAACUAUAGAUGAUAUGGUUAACUUGUUUAAACUAUGGUUUAUAACUGUCAUAUUAUUCACAAACAAGUUGUAUGCAACUUGUUGCUAAAUCAUUGCUGCCCUUUGAACUUUGAAUCUGGAGCAAAGUAUGCAUUACAACCAUUGCACUACCCUGCAUAACCCUGACAAACUCUGCAACACAUACCGUAAAAAAAAAACUUUAACCAAUCUAAUAAUACUUUUUAAGUACCGUACAUUCUGUCAUUAAUCUAGAUAGGUUGCAGCCAAGGAAAUGUUUUUCCUAUGUCCAACAUGAGUGUGAUAUUCACACAUGCAUACGGGCACACACACACUAGCACACGCACUCUACACACACAUACAUUGUAAUAAUAAUAUAAUAAUAUGCCAUUUAGCAGACGCUUUUAUCCAAAGCGACUUACAGUCAUGCGUGUAAUAUUAUUGUAUGGUGGUAUUAUACAUUUUGUAUUGUAAAUAUGUAGUGCUGUAAUAAUGUUAUAUGAUGUACUGUUUUAUCUUUUGUUUUAUGUGUGGUGCAAGUGCCUUAAUGUGUUUGGACCCAAGGAAGAGUAGCUACUGCCUUGGCAGGAACUAAUGGGGAUCCCUAAUAAAUACAAAUACAAAUAUGGUGUUUAUGUCUGUAUGCAGGUCAGCAGCUGGGCUAGAAGUGGGCUCAUGUCACAGGUAAGAUGUCUGGUCAAUAAAUAAACGUAAAUCCAGGACACUCCAAUUAGUAUGAUAGGUUACGUUUCGAAUGGUAUGUAUUCAUUUGUGGAUGUCCAUCAUCCAUUUCAUAUGAUAUGUUACGAAUUGCAAUUUGUACUAUAUGUUACGAAUUUGCAAAAAGUAUGAUGUGUUACAAAUUCCAAUUUGUUGUCGCUAACAUUAGCUAGGUGGCUAACGCUAAAAUUAGCUAGGUGGCUAACAUUAGCUAGGCUAGGGGUUAAGGUUAGGGUGAGGAGUUAGCGUGUUAGCUAACCCUAACUUUAACCUAAGUAGUUGCAAAGUAGUAAGUAGUUGCAGAUUAGCUAUAAUUGUCUGUGAUGAGAUUCGAACACACAACCUUUGGGUUGCUAGAUGUUCGUGUUAUACGUCUACCCAUCCACCCCGACCAACAACCCUACUUUCAUUUUGUUGCCUUAAGUAACCUUCUAUGUAACCAUACCAAAUGUAACACAGGGAGCCAGUAUGAAAAAAAUAACAUUAAAAUAAUGUAUGCACUCACUAACUGUAAGUCGCUCUGGAUAAGAGCGUCUGCUAAAUGACUAAAAUGUAAAUGUAAAUGUAACAUAUCAUACAAAUUUUAGUGUCCCGGAUUUUACUAUGUUACGUCUAGUGUAUCAGACCAGGCUGGGUCAACAAGCAAACUCUCACUACAAAAACCUGUUUAAAUAGAUUUAACUGGUCUUACAGUAACUGUACUGGUUUUACAGUAACUGUACUGGUCUUAAAAUAACUGUACUGGUCUUACAGUAACUACUGGUUUUACAGUAACUGGUCAGUUUAAAAAAGAUUUAACUUGUCUUACUGUAACUGGUCUCAUUACAAAAGCCAGUUUAAAAUAGCUUUAAUGGGUUUUACAGUAACUGUACUGGUUUUACAGUACAUUGACAGUUUAAACAUAGCUUUAGCUGGUCUUUACAGUACUUCAUUGAUUUACUAUUCCCUUCUUGCUUUUUGCAGGAUUUGUAAUGCCACAAUCAUGGAAUAACCCUGACAUAUAUAGAUGUCUCAUAUAAAAUAGCACUCAACAGCACUCAGGAAUAACCCUGACCCAGAAGAGAAGCACAACAAAAUCAACCGAAGGACAGCAUACUGACCCCUUAAAUGUCUGAACUGGGAUUGUAUGAAUGUAUGAACACUGUGCAGGACCCCAAUGCCAACCAGGCCACAACCCACAUAUCUAUUCUCGGAUGCCCUUUCAGCCGGACAGUAUUUUGACAUCAUGUGUUGAGUUGGGAGGCUACGCAGGCAGGCAGGGGGAGUGAGUCGGCUUUUAAGGGCUCAGUGUUCACUGAGAGAACUAAACAGCUGAGAUCUGGUUCCCCUGAGCUAACAGAGGGGGGAAAUGGCCAGCAUCGACUCUGCAAAGUAGUGGAAGUAGUAAAGCUGGUCAAGUAAAUCACAAGUAAAGGAUCCAAGAAAAGUCAAGUCCCAAGUUAUAUUUGGAGUAAGUCUCAAGUCUCAUUGGUCAUAUUUUGUAGCUAUAUGCAACAAUGACUCAUGUUUAGAUAUACCUAUCUUUGUCUAAUCAUUAAUUUCAAGUCACAAGUUAAUUUCAAGUCCUAAAGUCCAAGAAAGGUUAUGUAGAAAGGGUCAAAUCUCAAGUCAAGUCCCAAGUUGUGAAUUGUAAGCUCAAAUCAAGGCAAGUCCUAAGGUUUUAUGGACCAAGUCUCAAGUCCUUGGUAAUUCAGUAUCUUCUAGACGUUUGCGUUAACUCAUAUGUAGUCACCAACACAUUCUAUACAUAAAAUAACACUUUUAUGACAAACUCCAAUGCAAGCUUGUAAAUCAUGUUGUGUGAUAAGGCAAGAUAUCAAUUUCUAGCUGUAUAUAUUUUUAUUCAGUAGGACCAUAUUAUCUUAGGUGUCGUCGAUUGCAUGAAUUAUUCUGAUAUCUUGACCUUGAAAGGCCUUUAUGUUGGUUAUUGGCUGAAAGAUUGGUGCACUGUAGUUGCUGCCUAGCUUGCAAAUUAUAAUUCAAAGUUUAAUUAAGAGUUAAUAGCUGAUGAUGCUAACACUGUAUAGUGUAAACAAUGUGAUCAUUGUGAUUAUAUGAUAGUUGCUGGUUGAACAUAGAUCUAUACAGGACCUUCUUUUCAGCAGGUUCUGUAUAGGUGGAUGUUCUUCUCCUCACUAGACGUCAAGAUUGAGACUGAUUUUAAUAGAUCAUCGUCUAUGGUUGUUUCUCAAUUGUAAAAAAAUCUGUCCUCUCCUUGUCUGCUUUCCUUCACCUGCACUGAUUACUGUAUAUUAUAUUACAUUAUUAGAUAUACCCUAAUGUCUUGUUGUUAAGAUGAAUGCAUUACUGUAAGUCGCUCUGGUCGAGGGCCUGCUAUAUGACAAAGAUUUAAAUGUUCACAGAAAUGUACUUUGUGUACAGAAAAUGCAAUGCGUUAAAAAAAUCCACAACAAAAACAGGGACAUGGAAUAAACAGUUAAAACAGACACAGGCCUACACAACAUCCAUGGAAAACUCUUGACAGGUGAAAGUUCAUCAUUAGGCCAGCUGUCUCCUUUCACCUGGUCAGUUCUUUCAGAGGACAGAGUUUGUAGAAAAAAAAUUAGAGAGAAAGAGAGUCUGUUGUAAUCCUGGUUACAGGAUAGAUACCCUAGGUAUUGUGUAUAGGACCGAACGUUUUUAUUUAGUUUGUUUAUAACUCACACUAAGGCAUGGGUCAGGGCCCCCCUGGGAAAUGUUCUGGUUACGUCAGGAGUGGUAACGUGACGUCAGAGAGGAUUUCCCUUUGGUGACGUUGGAUGGUGCAUAGUAGUGGAGUAGUACAGGGUUGGGAUAUACUGUACCUCAAUCAGGACACCAACCAGACCCUAUUGAUCAGCCAGAGCCUGUAUAAUGAGGCCAAACAGCCAGGACCACAAGGCCAAACUUUUUCUUAGGGGUAUGUGCCACAGUAUCAGCCAAAACAUAGAUCUGGCACACCCCAAAAUAUGUGUAAAGGUGCUGACUAAUGGAGAAUAAACUACACUACUGGUCAAAAGUUUUAGAACACCUAC